AUGGCUUCCCACGCCUCCCACCCCCAGGCUUCGCAGAACUCGGCCGCUACGGCGUCUCAGGCCGUCAUCGCCCACAUCCGCAAGCUGAGCGAUGCGGAUCCAGACUUUCGCUUCAUGUCGUUGAACGACUUGCUGCAGCUAUUCAACAGUCCCAAGUCCGACUUCCUCCGCCACGAUUUCAAUCUUGCUGCCAAGGCCAUGGAUAGCAUCAUCAAGACACUUGACGAUCAGAACAGUGAGGUCCAGAAUCUGGCCAUCAAAUGCCUGGGGCCGCUUGUGGCCAAGGUCCCGGUUUCCGUCCUGCCGACGAUGAUCGACAAGCUAUCGUUGAUGAAGCUGCAGAACUCGGUCGACAACACGGUGACUCCUCUGGCACUACGAUCCAUAAUCACCGCCAUGCCCCGGCCCGUCCCUGGCCUGCCGAUCACCGCCGAAGUCAAGGAGGCCUACCAGGGCAUCCAGCGAGUCCUCAUCCCACGACUCAUCGGUCCGGCGCCCUUCACCCUCGACGCCGAACACAGCCUCGAGAUUCCGGCCAAAUCCACAGGCAUGCUGAGGAACGAGAACAGCAUAAACGGAGAUGCCGUCGAUAUGCUGAUAGAAAUGGUCCGCUGCUUCGGCCCCCUGCUGCAGCUCGUCGAGGUCGAGGCGAUUCUGCAGGUGGUCAUGCAGUUGCUCGAGAGCGUCCAAGGAACCUCUGUGGUCAAGAAGCAGGCCGUCACGGCCAUCUCCAUGCUUGUCGUUUAUGCCACGGACGAACAGCUCGACGAGGUGAUAGCACGCCUGACGUCGGGGCUCUCGAGAGACGCCACGAACCCCGUCACUCGUCGGUUGUACAUUGCCAUCCUCGGCAGCGUCGCCCGAUCUGUCCCGUCAAGAUUCGGACCGCACUUGUCCAAGACGGCCCCGUUUGUGUUGCAGGCCGUGUCGAAGGAUGAGCUGGAACAGCACAUGAAAAUUCUCAACGAUGGCGAAGACCUGGCCCGGGAUUUUAACGAGGUUCGCGAGGCCGCUCUGGUCACCCUCGAGGCCUUCCUGGCAUCGUGUCCCCAAGAAAUGCGACAGUUCACGGACGAGAUCAUCGCCUGCUCACUUUUGUAUAUGAAAUAUGACCCCAACUACGCCGUCGACGACGACGAAGACAUGGACGUCGACGACGAGGGCGCGGCCGAGGACGAAAAUGAAGAGGACGAUUUCGACGAGGAUGAUGGAUUCGCCGAUGAUGACGAUGAUGCCAGCUGGAAGGUCCGCCGAUGUGCCGUCAAGACUCUGUACACCCUCAUCUCGACACGCGGCAGCGGCGACUUGUUGGAAAAUGGAGUACUCUAUAGCCAAGCGGCGCCGGCUCUGAUAAAACGAAUAGACGAGAGGGAAGAGAACGUCAGGCUUGAGGUCAUCUCGGCACUCUCGCUCCUCAUCCGCAAAACCGGCGAGGGCCUUCACCUAACCGACCUCUCCCUGGAUGAGUGGGAGCCCGAGUCCGUCGGACAGAUGCCGCUCAUCCGUAAGAGGAGACGCCAGAGCAGCGGUGGCGGUGCCAGCGUGUCGAGAUUCAUGACUGCUCCCGGUCUCAUGUCUCCGGUUCUGGAGAAGGUACCUGCCGCCGGCCCGCGAGCCGACCUCUUGCGCCUCAUCCCGAGCAUUGUCAAGGCCGCUGCAAAGAAGCUCAAGGCCAAAUCGGUCCCCACGAGACAGUCCAUCAUCAAUCUGUUUGACGACCUGGUUUCGGUCCAACGCGGCGGUCUUUCCGACUACUUUGCCGACAUCAUCGGCCUCGUGACGGCAGAGAUCAAGCCAUCCACCUCCACCUCCGCCUCACCCUCGCUCGGUUCCGCUCGAGGUUCUGCGCCGGCGACACCGAGCACUGUACGCAUAGCGGCGCUGAGGCUCAUCAGCGACAUCUGCAAGACCCAUUCCUCUACUCACCUUCAGCCCUACCUUUCCAAGAUUGUCAGCGCAGUCACGGCCGCCGUGCACGACCCGUUCUAUAAAGUUUCGAGCGACGCGAUCCGUACCGCCGAAGAGCUCGUGAAGACGAUAACGCCUCCGCGGUCCCGAAACGCGGGCGUCAAGUACAAGGCGGAGCUCGACCAGCUCUUCGACGUCGUGUUGGACCGAGGCUCGGCAAUCGAUGCUGACGCAGAGGUUCGCCAGCGUUCCAUCCACGCCCUCGGCGUUCUCGUGUCCCGGACCUUCUCGACCGAGGGCACCGCGUUGCUUUCGCCCGACAAGCGCAAACUUGCCCUCGGCGUCGUGCAGGACCGGCUCAAGAAUGAAACGACUCGGCUCGCAGCCGUGCGCGCCAUCGAUAACGUGGCCUUGUUCGCCACGGUGCCGGGCCAGCUAGACAAGGGCUGGGUGCAGGGCGUGGCCUCGGAGCUCUGUGAUCAGCUCCGCAAGGCCAACCGAGCGCUGCGCGGCUCCAGCGUCACGGCCCUCAAGCACCUCGUUCUGUGCGCCGCAGCGAGAGGCCAGCUCGAAACAGCGACGAUUCGAGUGAUUGUAUCCGCUUUGCUGCCCGCCAUUCUCGACAGCGACACGCACCUGCUCGGACCCGCUCUCUUGAUCCUCGCCGACAUGGUGCAGACGUACCCUGACAUGGAGUUUGAUGACGAUAUGACGGCGGCCAUCUGUCAGCUGCUGCGGUCGCACUUUGCGAGCAUAGUGCUCGACCAGCUCUUGGAGCUGAUAAGCAACGUCGGCCAGAGCGGCACCGCCACCAAAAAGCUGAUGAACGGCCUUCUCACGGAUGUUAGUGUGUCUGGGGAUCCUUCCGUCGUCGGCAAGGUAAUCGGUACUCUGUUGGUCACGGGUGGCGACUCGACCGGUGUCCCGCUCGAUAGCUUUGUUUCGGAACUCAAGACGAGCGCUGGAUCGGGAGACGAAGCACGCGUGAGUCUUGCGCUCGCCGUUCUGGGAGAGGCCGGCAUGCGACUGGGACCCAAGUCGCCGCUCAAGCCGGACCUGUUCCUCGAGCAAUUUCACUCGGAGCCGGACAAGGUUUCCCUGACGGCGGCGAUUGCCCUCGGCCGAGCUGGGUCCGGCAACGUGACGCAGUUCCUGCCCGUGAUCUUGAAGAAGAUGCAAGCGGGAGGGAACACGCAGUAUUUGCUCAUCCAGUCGAUCAAGGAGAUCCUGCAGUCCAUCUCGGUCCAUUCGACGGAAUUGGGCGACUAUGCUGUCGCCAUUUGGGACCAGCUCCUCGUCGCUUCCGAGAACGCCGACAACCAGGUGGUGUGUGCUGAGUGCGCUGGACGGUUGGUGAUUCUGGAUCCGACCAUGUUCAUGCCCAAACUCGAGACUCUUCUGAAGGAUGGGUCGGCCGGGAUCCGCGGCAUGGCCGUCCAGGCGGUGCGAUACACGCUUCCCGAGAGCGACGAUGCGUUCGACGGCAUGCUGAAGAACACGCUCAUCAGCAUGCUGUUGGUGAUGCUGCAGGACGCCGACAUGGAGAUUCGCCGGCUCGCCAUGUCUACGCUGAACUCGGCAGCGCACAACAAGCCGGAUCUGAUCCUGCCUCAUCUCGGCGAGCUCGUGCCGUUUGUCCUGAGCGAAUCGGUGGUCAAACCAGAACUGAUCAAGGAAGUAAUGAUGGGUCCAUUCAAACACAUGGUGGACGACGGGCUCGAGGUCCGAAAGAGUGCGUAUGAGACGCUUUACGCCCUCAUGGAGACUUCCUACACCCGCAUGAACAACAUUGACUUUUACGAUCGAGUUGUGGAUGGGUUGAAGGACGACAACGACAUCAGGCAGCUUUGCAAUCUCAUGGUCACCAAGCUCAUCGCCAUCGACCCCGACGAGACGGCGCGCCGACUGGACUCGAUCGCCGAGUCGUACCGCAGCGUCCUGUCGGUCAAGUUGAAGGAGAACGCAGUCAAGCAGGACGUCGAGAAGCAGGAAGAGGCCAACAAGAGUGUGCUGCGCGUGACGGUACUGCUGGGCGACAAGAUGAAGGCCGUGACUGGUGUUGCCGGGACGUGGACGUCGUACUGGGAAUGGGUCAACAAGGACUACGAAAAGCAGCUGAAGGGACUGCGAGAGGAGACGAAGGAGCUCCAAACGAGGAUGGUUUGA